AUACCUUAAAUCACAAGAUUGAUGACUAAAUUCUAAACUGGUUACAAAAAUGCUAAUAACACAGAUUUAAAUCUGUUUAUCGUUCCUUAAUUCACUUUUUAAACCCUCAAUUUGCUUUUUGUUGUUGCUAGUUGCCACUGAGUUGAUUGUGACUCAUGGCAACCCAUGUGUACAGAGUAGAACUGCAUAUAUAGGGUUUUUAUGUCUGUGACCUUUUGGAAGCAGGUCACCAGGCCUGUCUUCCAAGGUGCCUCUGGGUGAUUGAAAGCGUGAGCCUUUCAGCUAGUAGUCAAGCGCUUGCAUCACCCAAGACUCCUGAUUUGCUUCCGAGGAUUGCAUUGAAUUUAGUUGAUUUUUGAAUAGUCUUUUUAUUAUUUUAAUUUUUAUUGUGCUUUAAGUGAAAGUUUACAAAUCGAGUCAGUCUCUCGUACAAAAAUUGAUAUAUAUCUUGCUAUAUACUCCGAAUUGCUCUCCCCCAAAUGAGACAGCACACUCCUUCCCUCCACUCUCUAUUUUCAUGUCUCUUCUCCCCUCCAGACAGGAGAUGCCAACAUAGUCUCAUGUGGUACUUGAUCCAAGAAGCUCACUCUUCACCGGUAUCAUUUUCUAUCCCAUAGCCCAGGCCAGUCCCUGUCUGAAGAGUUGGCUUUGGGAAUGGCUCCAGUCUUGGGCUAACAGAAGGUCUGGGGACCGUGACCUCCAGGUCCUUCUAGUCUCAGACCAUUAAGUCUGGUCUUUUCAUGAGAAUUUGGGAUCUGCAUCCCACUGCUCUCCUGCUCCUUCAGGGGUUCUCUGUUGUAUUCCCUGUCAGGGCAGUCAUCGGUUAUAGCUGGGCACCAUCUAGUUCUUCUGGUUUCAGGCUGAUGUAGUCUCUGGUUUAUGUGGUCCUUUCUGUCUCAUGGGAUCAUAAUUACCUUGUGUCUUUGGUGUUCUUCACCCUCCUUUGCUCCAGGUGGGUUGAGACCCAUUGAUGCCAUCUUAGAUGGCUGCUUGCUAGCAUUUAAGACCCCAGAAGUCACUGUCCAAAGUGGGAUGCAGAAUGUUUUCUGAAUAGAUUUUAUUAUGCCAGUUGACUUAGAUGUCCUCUGAAACCAUGGUCCCCAAACCCCUGCCCCUGCUACACUGGCCUUCGAAGCAUUAAGUUUAUUCAGGAAACUUCUUUGCUUUUAGUUUAGUCUGGUUGUGCUGACCUUGCCUGUAUUGUGUGUUGUUGUUCCCUUCACCUAAAAUAGUUCUUAUCUGCUAUCUAAUUAGUGAAAACUCUUCUCCCUCCCUCCCUCCCUCCUCUCAUAACCAUCAAAGAAUAUUUUCUUCUCAGUUUAAACUAUGUUUCCAGUUCUUAUAAUAGUGGUCUUAUACAAUAUUUGUCCUUUUGCAACUGACUAAUUUCACUCAGCAUAAUGCCUUCCAGAUUCUUCCAUGUUAUGAAACGUUGCACAGAUUCAUCAUUGUUCCUUAUGGAUGCAUAGUAUUCCAUUGUGUGAAUAUACCACAAUUAAUUUAUCCGUUCAUCCAUUGAUGGGCACCGUGGUUGCUUCCAUCUUUUUGCUAUUGUAAACAGUACUGCAGUGAACAUGGGUGUGCACAUAUCUGUUCGUGUAAAGGUUCUUAAUUCUCUAGGAUAUAUUCCAAGGAGUGGGAUUCCUGGAUCGUAUGGUAGUUCUAUUUCUAGCUUUUGAAGGAAGUGCCAAAUUGAUUUCCAAAGUGGCUGUACCAUUUUACAUUCCCACCAGCAGUGUAUAAGUGUUCCAGUCUCUCCACAGCCUCUCCAACAUUUAUUAUUUUGUGUUUUUUGGAUUAAUGCCAGCCUUGUUGGAGUGAGAUGAAAUCUCAUUGUAAUUUUGAUUUGUAUUUCUCAAAAAAAAAAAAAUAAAUAAAUUUUUUUUUUUCUUUUAAUGACUAAUCAUCCUGAGGAUUUCCUCAUGUAUCUGUUAGCUACCUGAAUGUCAUCUUCAGUGAAGUGCCUGUUCAUAUCCUUUGCCCAUUUUUCAAUUGGGUUAUUUGUCUUUUGUUGUUGAGUUUUUGCAGUAUCAUGUAGAUUUUAGAGAUCAGAUGCUGAUUGGAGAUGUCACAGCUAAAAACUUUUUCCCAGUCUAUAGGUUAUCUUUUUAGUCGUUUGGUGAAGUCUUAUAGAUGAGCAUAGGAGCUCCCAGUUGCCUAGUUUCUCUUCUGCAUUGUUAGUAAUGUUUUGUGUACUGUUUAUGCCAUGUGUUAGGGCUCCUAGUAUUGUCCCUGUUUUCUCUUCCAUGAUCUUUAUUGUUUUAGAUUUUAUAUUUAGAUCUUUGAUCCAUUUUGAGUUAGUUUUUGUGCAUGGUGUGAGGUAUGGGUCUUGUUUUAUUUUUUUGCAGAUGGAUAUCCAGUUAUGCCAGCACCAUUUGUUAAAGAGAGUGUCUUUUCCUCCUUCAGCUGACUUUGGGCCUUUGUGAAAUAUUCAUACGUGGUUAGAUUUAUGUCUGGAUUCUCAAUUCUGGUCUACGUAUCUCUUGUACCAGUACCAGGCUGUUUUGACUACUGUGGCGGUAUAAUAGGUUCUAAAAUCAGGUAGUGUGAGGCCUCCCACUUUGUUCUUUGUUUUCAGUAAUGCUUUACUUAUCCAGGGCCUCUUUCUCUUCCAUAUGAAGUUGGUGAUUUGUUUCUCCAUCUCAUUAAAAAAUGUCAUUGGAAUUUGAGUCAGAAUUGCAUUGUAUCUAUAGAUGGAUUUUGGUAGAAUACGCAUUUUUACAAUGUUAAGUCUUCCUAUCCAUGAGCAAGGUAUGUUUUUCCACUUACGUAGGUCUCUUUUGGUUUCUUGCAGUAGUGUCUUGGAGUUUUCUUUGUAUAAGUCUUUUACAUCUCUGGUAAGAUUUAUUCCUAAGUAUUUUAUCUUCUUGGUGGCUACUGUAAAUGGUACUGAUUUGGUGAUUUCCUCCUCGGUGUUCUUUUUUUGGUGUAGAGGACUCCAACUGAUUUUUGUAUGUUUAUCUUGUAUCCUGAUACUCUGCUUAACUCUAUUUUUGCAGUAGUUUUCUUGAGGAUUCUUUAGGGCUUUCUGUGUAUAAGAUCAUGUCAUCUGCAAAUAGAGAUACUUUGACUUCUUCCUUACCAAUCUGGAUGCCCUUUAUUUUUUUUUAUCUAGCCUAAUUGCUCUGGCUAGGACCUACAGCACAGUGUUCAAUAAGAGUGGUGAUAAAGGGCAUCCUUGUCUGGUUCCCAAUCUCAAGGGGAAUGCUUUCAGACUCUCCCUUUAGGAUGAUGUUGGCUGUUGGCUUUAUAUAAUAAAUGCCCUUUAUUAUGUUGAGGAAUUUUCCUUCUAUUCCUGUUUCCCUGAGAGUUUUUAUCAUGAAUGGGUGUUGAACUUUGUCAGAUGCCUUUUCUGCAUCAAUUGAUAAAAUCAUGUGUUUCUUGUCUUUUGUUUUAUUUAUAUGAUGGAUUACAUUAAUUGUUUUUCUAAUGUUGAACCAUUCCUGCAUACCUGGUAUGAAUUCCACUUGGUCGUGGUGAAUUAUUUUUUUGAUAUGUUGUUGAAUUCUAUUGGCUAGAAUUUUGUUGAGGAUUUUUGCAUCUAAGUUCAUAAGGGAUGUAAGUCUGUAAUUUUCUUCUUUUGUCGUGUCUUUACCUGGUAUUGGUAUCAGGGAUAUGCUGGCUUCAUAGAAUGAGUUUUGGAGUAUUCUGUCCUUUUCUAUGCUCUGAAAUACCUUCAGUAGUAGUGGUGUUAACUGUUCUCUGAAAGUUUGGUAGAACUGUUCAGUGAAGCCCUCUGGGCCAGGGCUUUUUUUUCUUGGGAGUUUUUUGACUACCUUUUCAGUCUCUUGUUAUGGGUCUCUUUAGUUGUUCUAACAUGUGUUUGCGUUAGUUUUUAGGUAGGUGGUGUGCUUCUAGGACUUCAUCGAUUUCUUCUAGGUUUUCAAAUUUGUUUGAGUACAGUUUUUCGUAAUCUGAUAUGAUUCUUUUAAUUUCAGGAGGGUCUGUUAUAAUAUCGCCCAUCUCAUUUCUUAUUUGGGUUAUUUGCUUCCUCUCCUGUUUUUCUUUUAUAAGUUUGGCCAGUGGUUUAUCAGUUUUGUUAAUUUUUUCAAAGAACCAGCUUUUUUGGUCUUGUUAACUCAUUUGUUUUUCUGUUUUCUAUUUUAUUUAAUCCUUCUCUAAUUUUUAUUAUUUACUUUGUUGUGGUGCCUGAGGGUUUCUUUUGUUGCUCCCUUUGUAUUUGUUCAAGUUGUAGGGAUAAUUCUUUGAUUUUGGCACUUUCUUUUUUGUAUGUGUGUGUUUAUUGAUAUACGUUGACCUCUGAGCACUGCUUUCAAUGUGACCCUAAGGUUCUGAUAGGAAGUGUUUUCAUUCUCAUUGGAUUCUUUGAAUUUCUUUAUUCCAUCCUUAAAGUCUUCUGUAACCCAGUGUUUUUCGAGCAGGGUAUUGUUCAGUUUCCAAGAGUUUGAUUUCUUUUCCCUGCUUUUUCUGCUAUUUCCACUUUUAUGGCCUUAUGGUCAGAGAAGAUGCUUUGUAAUAAUUCAAUACUUUGGAUUAUCCUAAGGCUUGCUUUAUGACCUAAUAUGUGGUCUGUUCUAGAGGAUGUUCCACGUGCACUAGCAAAGAAAUUUACUUGGCUGCUGUUGGGUGGAGUGCUCUGUAUAUGUCAAUAAGGUCAAGUUGGUUGAUUGUGGCAUUUCGAUCUUCUGUGUCUUCACUGAACUUCUUUUGGAUGUCCUGUCCUUCAUCGGAAAUGGUGUGUUGCAGUCUCCUACUAUAAUUGUGGAGGUGUCUAUCACACUUUUCAGUUCUGUUAACAUUCGUUUUGUGUAUUUUGAAGCCCUGUCAUUGGAUGUGUAAACAUUUAAUAUGGUUAUAUCCUCCGGGUGUAUUGUCCCUUUAAUCAUUGUAUAGUGUCCUUCCUUGUCCUUCGUGGUGGAUUUAACUUUAAAGUCUAUUUUGUCAGAAAUUAAUACUGCCACUCCUGCUCUUUUUUGAUUGUUAUUUGCUUGAUAUAUUAUUUUCCGUCCUUUCAAUUUUAGUUUGUUUGUGUCUUGUAGGCAGCAUAUAGAUGGGUCGUGUUUUUUUAAUCCAUUCUGCCACUCUCUGUCUCUAUAUUGGUGCAUUUAGUCCGUUUACAUUCAGUGUAAUUAUAGAUAGGUGUGAGUUUCGUGCUGUCAGUUUGAUGUCUUUUUUUGUGUGUUUUUGACAGUUUCUUUUUCCCACUUAAUUUUUUCUGCUGAGUGUUUUAUCCUUAUAUAUUGUCUUCUUAUUCGUUGUUGAUUUUGUUUCUGCUGAGUCUCUGUUUUUUUCUUGUAUUUUAUUUUGAUGAGUAGGAUAGUUAGGCUUCUUUAUGAUUACCUUAAUAUCUGCCCCGAUUUUUCUAAGUUUUAACCUAAAGUUUAUUUCUUUUUAUCGCUUGUCUUACUCUCCAUAUGAAAGACCUAUAACUGUAUUUCUUGUUGUUGUUGUUAGGUGCCGUCGAGUCGGUUCCGACUCAUAGCAACCUUAUGCACAACAGAACGAAACACUGCCCAGUCCUGUGCCAUCCUUAUAAUUGUUGUUAUGCUUGAGCUCAUUGUUGCAGCCACUGUGUCAAUCCACCUCGUUGAGGGUCUUCUUCUUUUCUGCUGACCCUGUACUUUGCCAAGCAUGACAUCCUCCUCCAGGGACUGAUCCCUCCUGACAACAUGUGCAGAGUACGUAAGACGCAGUUUCGCCGUCCUUGGUUCUAAGGAGCAUUCUGGCUGCACUUCUUCCAAGACAGAUUUGUUCGUUCUUUGGGCAGUCCAUAGUAUAUUCAGUAUUCAUCGCCAACACCACAAUUCAAAAGCAUCAACCCUUCUUCAGUCUUCCUUAUUCAUUGUCCAGCCCUCACACCAUAUGAUGUGAUUGAAAAUACCAUGGCUUGGGUCAGGCGCUCCUUAGUCUUCAGGGUGACAUCUUUGCUUUUCAACACUUUGAAGAGGUCCUUUGCAGCAGAUUUGCCCAAUGCAAUGCGUCUUUUGAUUUCUUGACUGCUGCUUCCGUGGCUCUUGAUUGUGACUACUGAUUUUGGUCCCCUUGCACUUAACCUUAGAACAACUGUUCUUGCCCAAAGGCUGAGAGUCUUAAAAAUUCAUUUUCUCUGAACAGUCUUUGCUGCAAUAAAACAUGAGUUAGUUAACUCACCAUCCAUAAAUGGCUUUCCUUGCUUAGUUAACAAGUGAACCCCUAAGAGACAAUUUCGUUAUGGUCUCAUUUUCCUUUUUUGCUGAGAAAUUCAGCUUGACGAGAUACUCUUUUACAUUUUCUAAUUUUUCUGACUGUUGCUUUCCUGUGAGUUGGGAAUAUUUCCUGUGAUGAGUGCUUGGUCUCAUAAUGUGGACAUAGUGUAUUUCAGCAUAGCUGUAAGGUCACUGCAUAACAAACCCGGUGCUUUGCCACCUUUUUUGUUGUUAGGUGCUGUUGAGUUGGUUCUGACUCAUAGUGACUUCAUGUAUAAUAGAAUGAAAUACUACCUGGUCCUGUGCCAUUCUCACAAUGGUGGUUAUGAUUGAGCCCAUUGUUGCAGCCAGUGUGUCCACCCAUCACAUUGAGGGUCUUCCUCUUUUUCACUGACUGCUUUACCAAACAUGAUGUCCUUCUGCAGGGACUGAUCCCUUCUGAUAACAUGUCUAAAGCAUGUGAGUUGAAGUCUUACCAUCCUCACUUCUCAGGAGCAUUCUGGCUGUACUUUUUCCAAGACAGAUUUGUUCAUUCUUCUGGCAGUCCACGGUAUAUUCGUUAUUCUUCACCAACACUCUAAUAAUUCAAGUGUCAGUUCUUUGGUCUUCCUUAUUCAUUAUCUGGAAGCCCUGGUGGCAUAGUGGUUAAGAGCUACAGCCGCUAACCAAAAGGUUGAAUCCACCAGGCACUCCUUGGAAACCCCAUGGGGCAGUUCUACUCUGUCCUUUAGGGUCGCUAUGAGUCAGAUGGACUCAACAUCAAGGAGUAUUCAUUAUCCAGCUUUCACAUGCAUAUGAGACAAUUGAAAACACCGAGGCUUGGGUCAUGUGCACCCAAAGUCACAUCUUUGGUGUUCAACACUUUAAAGAGGUCUUUUGCAGCAGAUUUGCCUAAUGCAGCAUGUCAUUUGAUUUCUUGAUUGCUGCUUCUGUAGGUGUUGGGUUGUGGAUCCAAGUAAAGUGAAAUCCUUGAUACUUCAAUCUUUUCCCCCUUUAUCAUGAUGUUGCUUAUUGGUCCAGUUGUGAGGAUUUUUGUUUUCUUUAUGUUGGGGUGUAAUCCACACUGAAGGCUGUAGUGUUUGAUUUUCAUCAGUAAGUGCUUCAGCAAGCAAGGCUUUGUCAUCUGUAUAACACAGUUUGUUAAUGAGUCUUCCUCCAAUCCUGAUGCUGCAUUCUUCUUCAUAUAGUCUGGCUUCUUGGAUUAUUUGCUUGGCAUACAGAUUGAAUAAGUAUGGUGAAAGGAUACAACCCUGAUGCACACCUUUGCUGACUUUCAACCACACAGCAUCCCCUUGUUCUGUUUGAACAACUGCCUCUUCGUCUGUGUAUAGGUUCCUCGUGAGCACAAUUAAAUGUGCUGAAAUUCCCAUUCUUUGCAAUGUUAUCCAAUGCCUUAGUCAUCUAGUUCUGCUGUAACAGAAAUAGUGGAUGGCUUUAACAAAGAGAAAUUUACUUCCUCACAGUAAAGUAGGCUGAAAGUCCAAAUUCAGGGUGUCAGCUCCAGGGGAAGGCUUUUACUCUCUGUCAGCCUUCUCAUCAAUCCUCUCCUGGACUAGGAGCUUCUUUGCACAGGAACCCUGGGUCCAAAGGACACGCUGUGCUCCUGGCACUGUUUUCUUGGUGGUAUGAUGUUCCCCAUCUCUCUGCUUGCAUCUUUCUUUUGUAUCUCAAGAGAUUGCCUCAAGGCACAAUCCAAACUAACACAACUGUCACCCAUCCUCCCUCAUCAACAUCAUAGAGGCAGGAUUUACAACAUACAGGAAAAUCACACAAUACAGGGAAUUGUGGCCCAGCCCAGUUGAUAUACAGAUUUUUGGGGGAACAUAAUUCAAUCUAUGGCAUCCAGUAACAAUAUAAUCCAUACUUUGCUUCUUUAAAAACGUGACACUCAAAGUCUACUUUCCUGUUCUUGUUUUGACAUGGUGAGUAUGCGCUGGUAAUAAAAAAUAAAAAGUUGCAGUGUGGCAGUAUAUGUGGCACUCGAAACACUUUUACUGGGAAGAGUGCAACUAGUUAUCUCUGCUCUAGUGCAAAAGCGGCCAUAGAGCCCGGUUCAUUUGUGCACACUGAACAUAUGCACAAUGAGAUUGGCAUUUCAUAUCAUUUUAACGUUUCAUGAAAUUUUGACAAUUUUUUUUAAACUGUUUAAGAAUAUGAACCAUUCUUAGCUCACAGGUUUUACACAAAUAGGUGGUGGGCUGGAUUUGGCUUACAGGCUGUAAUUUGCUGACCCUUGGUGUGAGGAUUUCUGUAGUUCACGAUAUGAAAUGCUUACAACAUGCCUGACUUACAGUGUUACUUGGCCUUUUUUUUCACAGUGCUUGUUUUCUGUGGGCAUUUGGUGCCUCCUGGUUGUGUGCUCGUUGUGGUUGAGGACCACCACCAUCUGUGGAUGUUGUUUUCCUACUUGUCUCCAUUUCUGUGGGCAGAAGGGUGGGUGUCAGCAAGGGUGUGUCUCCAGUGUGUUUCCUGGGCCCAGAGGUGCUGGCCUUCUUCCCUCAUGAGUAUGCAGCUGUGGGCAGACUCCUAGUACUGCCAGCACAUGUGCAGAUAUGGGGACGGGCUGUACCCUGGGCCGUUCCACAUUCAGGACCGUGACUAACCCCAGCUGCUGUCUAGGCCCCCUCCGGCUCCCUCCCAUUGCCUAGAAAGGCCCUGUGCCCACUUCCGCACGAGUCCUCCCCCCUGUGAGUCUUAGGGUCUGGUUUCCCCUCUGUCAAGCCAAUCAAACCUCAGUUGCUUCUCUUCUUUCAGGCAUUCCUUAUGGUUGACACUUCAUUUUGUUUUCUGUACCAUUGUGAUUUAUUCUUUUUAUUUCAGACAUGUUUUUCACAUAUACUUUUGGUUAUUUCUUAUAGUUUUAUGUCUUUGUUGUAAUUUCCUGUUUAUUCAUUAUGAGCAUAUUUUCCUUUAUAUCUGUGAGCAUAGUUAGACUAUCUGCUUUAAAACCUUUGCUUUUUCCAACGACUGGACUUGGGGUCAUUCUCCAUUGAUUGUCUUCCCUCUUAAGAUUGGGUCACAUAGUUUUGUUUCUUCAUAUGUGUAAUAAUCUUGGAUUUAUCUAGUAAAUUGUGAAUAAUAUACACUCUCUUGAUUUGGUUACGAUCCUUUGGAGAGUGUUGAUUUUUUUUGUUUUAGCGGGCUCUAAACUCUGUGUUGCCAGGUUGGACAGCAGCUGAAAUCUGUUUGAGUUGUUGAGCCUUAGGUGGGAUGCUUGGAGUUGGCCUGUAGAUGUGGUUCAGAGUCAGCCAGAGAUGUGGGUAGAGUUUGUGGGAUUGGGGCUUUCCUCUCUGGCUCUUUCUUUUCAGGGUUUCCUCCCUCACUGCCUAGCCUUUGAAGUCUCCACUUCUGGGGUCAUGAUGUGCGGUCAUAUGCUCUGCUGGUCUUACAUUAGUGAGUUCUGUCUCCUUCAGCAACGUUUGAGGGGCUCUGACAGAAGGAAGCUAGUUGUGGCUCCAGUGAGUAGAAAAGUAUGUUCUUGUGAUAGCUAAGAUGGGGCCAAGCUGGCUAAAAUUUGAAGAUUAGAAAAAUAUGAUGCAUCCUUGGCCAUUGCUUAGGUGUUUCAUGGGCUUGAGCCUUUGAUUCCGUCUCUCUUGAUGCAUCCUGGCAUUCUCAGAUUCCAGAGAGCUGUAGAUCUGGGGUAUUCAAACCUUGCCCAAUAUGUUGGGAUGCACAGUACAUGUGAACACACUCAUAUACACCUAAAAACGUAAUGCAUUCAUACAUGCACACGCAUACAAACACAUGCACAUGCAUACACAUGAACACGCACAUGCAUACACAUGAACACCCACAUGCACGCACACACAUGCAAACAUGUAUCUGUAUACACAUAUGCAUGCAUACCCACAUGUGCAUAUGGCCUCAGCUCCUUGGUACGCUUACAUAUACAUACACAUACACUUACAUACACUACACCGUGACCUUAUUUGGUACCACAAAAAACAUAGGCCAGUAACUAUCUGAAAAGGUGUUUAUCUUCACUAAUAAUCAAGGAAGUGCAAAUUAAAACAAUAUCUAGUUUCCUUCACCAGUCAGAUCCACAGUGAUUAAAAAGGCUGACAUUGUAUUCUGUUGGCUGCAGACAUUCUUUCACUGUGGAUGGGGUUAGCAGUGGGACAUCUUUGGAGGGUAUUUUGGCAGUAUGGAUCAAUGUCUUAAACAGGCUUUAAACCUGUUAACCCUUGGAGCACACAAUCCACCUCUAGGCAUUUUUCUACAGAAGUACUUCUGGUGAUGAAAGAUUUGUGCUCAGAAUUGCUCACUCCCUUCAUUUAAAAAAGCAAACAGCCCAAACAAUCCAAAGGUCCAUUGGCAGGGGGUUAUCAGUCAUGCUGCAGAGCUGCUAAUGGCAGAUGUUGACCUGGAAAGGUGUGGGGGGGAGGGGUGUGUGCCUCACUGCUUGAAGAAGCACUGGGUGAGAUGAAAGAGGACUCCCGUAUGCAUCUCCUGUGUUACUUGUUUUUCUUUAAAUGAGUCACAUUACUUUCAUGUUUAAUACUUCCCACUCGCCCACCUCCAACUCACACAGGUUGCCUUACCUGGGGGAAGGAGAGCUUGCCCUUAGAAGGACGAGGCUAGCUGUUCCAUGCCUGACCUGGCCUGCACCUGCUGGGCUGCCUCAGGGCUGCAUUUGCUGGGAGGAGUCACCUCACUGGUUGAUACAGCCUGCAACCCGCCUGGCCCCCAGCUGCUUGGUAUGUUUCUGUGACAGUGGUUUGCGGUGGCUCAUGGUUUCCAUGUAGGCGGCGUGUCUGCCUAUGAGCAGGCUCACGUUAUCACUGCUGCACUUGUCUCUGAGCCAGGCGAGGGGCUUUGUUCCUCACCAGGACAGCUGUACUGCACACCUCCAGCUCCGGAGGCAUGAUGGGAUGGGGCAGGUGCUUCCAGGGAGGUGAGUGUCUCAGGUAGUCUCAGUCAGAGAGGCCACCGUGGCUCAGGUUGAUGGGUGGCGUCUACCAUAGCCUCAUGCCCCGGGUCUGAGGCAUCCUCAGGUGCCCUUGCUUGGAAAUCACGAGAGGUGCGAACUCUGCUGCACUGACCAGGGGGUGGUCCGAGUGAAUGCUCUGGACAGGACGGCUGGGGCACUGAGUUUGUUAGAGUUUCUAAUUAUGGAAGAAACUACUUCCUGCAUGGCUGAGAUGACCCUUGAGAUGAGGGUGGGUGGGUGUUCCUGGGCCACAGGCAAAGCCCGUGGCUUGCUGGCCUUGGAGGGCUGUAGGGCAGGUGUAUCCUGUGGUGAGGAAGAGACAGCAGGGGAGGGUGUGUGGCCGGAGCACCCUGCCCAGGUUCCUGAGGUCUGAUGGGUAGUCUUCAUGGGACCCUCCUCCCGACGCAGCUCAUACCCUACUACCCUUGAUCUCCUGGUGCCCUGAGGUCUCUGCAGUGCUGGUGUCUGCGUCUGGCCACAUCCCUUCCCAGCUCCAGCCUGGCUUUUCCUCCCUGAGGGCAUCCCUCACACACCCCCCAUAUAAAGAGCCUUUGAGUCAGCACAGUCAAGUGUGAGGCCAGUUGAGCAGUGCCUGAGGCCCUUCCCGGGGCUGGUCCUGGUAACUGUGCAGGCUAGACCCUGACUCUGAGGCUAUGGAGGAAAUGGGCCCCGAGAAGUGACCCAACUGGCCGUGGGGGGAGCAAGAAUAUGGAGGAGGUGCUCGGGGGUGGGGUGAGCUCUGUCCAGAGGGGCAGAUACCGCUUCCCCUCUUGUCCACAGUUGUCAUGUGACCUGGGGUUGUCCCAGGUGUGGUCAGGACUCCCUGGCCUCAUCCGGUGACUUUUCUUGGACUGGGAAGUGUGUGGGUGGGGGUGUCUGUGGCCAAGGAUUGGGGUAGCCUUGCCUUGGAAAUGUCCCCUCCCAAUGCCUGAGGACCCCUGGGAAGAGGGAGGCUUGGGUCUGCCUGCAGCUUCAUCUCAGAGAAGGUGAAGUGUAUAAAGCAUUCGUAGUGUCUCCUGAAGGGAGUGUGGGCCCUGUAAGGGUACACAGGCUUGUGUGGGAGCCAGAGGGGCACAUGCCAGGAACAGAGGGGACAGGCGCCUGGCACGUCCUCAGUCUCUUUGUCUGUAGGAGGGUGCACAGACAGUGGUCUGGGCACAGGUGAAAGAGGCCACCCUCAGGAUGCCUGUCUCUGUGCUCUCCCAGGCUGGGUGCUGGCCCCUGCUGGUGCCCUGGGAGGGUCCUGCCUUCCUGUUGGGGUGGGCACGGGGCCAGAGCUUGGAGCCACCCUGCUCCUGGGUUAGCUAAUGGCUGCCUGACUGUAUAGACACAGGGUCCCUUCACCUAGGGCCUGGGCAGCUCUCAGCAGGAGGUGGUGCUCAGCUGCCCCAUAGCCUCCUCUCACCUCGGCCUGCUUUCAUGCACCUGAGAGCUGGCUGGGAUGUCAGCAGACUGCUCCAAGAGGGGACAGGUGAGACUUGGGGACAGUUCUAGGGAAAAUGAGGUCUUCUUGCUCAUCCGUCUUAGUGGAAGUCUGUCCUGUGGGCAUGUGGGCAGGCUACCAGGGUAUGUGUGUGGGGGGGGUCAGGUGUUGGUGUGGUGUCUUCUGCCUGGUAGGGUGUACAGCUCUGUGAGGAUGUGUGGCUCUGUGCUGGCUCCCUGAGACCUGCAUGCUAUAGUCUGUGUGCACACUGUUACUUUUUAGUCUCCUUAUCAUGCAUUGGACUUGCAUAACCAGGCCAGCUGCCUUCCUGCCUUGGGCUAUCAGUGUGCCAUCUGGAGCUGCAAAUAGGGUGAUAGGGUGUCGGCAGCCUCCCCAGCACCUAGGCACUUCCUGACACCCAGUCUGGUUCCAGUCUUGCCUGGGGGGCUCUUCUUCACAGGGCACUGUGGGCAGGGGUAAGAAGAGGAGUUCAGGAGGGGCAGUUUGUUGUACAUAUCGCUUGCUGUGUUGCCCUCCAUCUUCCUGUGCAGAACCUCAGGGCUGGUCUUUAUUGGAGGGAGACAGAGAGGAGGGGGCUGUGCAGAGGUUGGCUGGACCUACCCAGGCUGUGUGGCCCUGGGCUGGUCUCCUCCCUGACAAUGCUGUAUCUCACACAGCUGCUCUGAGAUUUAACGUGGAACAUGGGUGUUAUGCAGUCAUCUUGGGAUGUGGCACCAGGAGCUUAAUGAAUCGUACCCAUGGUUGUUGUCAGUAACGACCAGCCCCUGUCCUGCCACCCCUGCAGGGUGGGACCUGGGCCCAGACAGGACCAUCCUUGGCAGACACAGAGAUGUGGCUGGUCCAGAGCCCAGGUCCACCCAGGAGUUUGGGGCUUGAGUGUCGUAGCCAUGAGCCUGGGCAGGUCAAGUGAUUUUGACCAUUAGGAUCUUCAGUUCCUUAUUGGUGAAAGAAAGCUGGUGGUGACCCACCUGCCUCACAGGACAUGGUGAGGGUGGAGUAGUGACCCCUUAGAGCACUCUGCUGGAAGCUCGUUAGCGCCCCAGGGGAGAGCAUGCUCAUGGGAGAAGACCUUACAGGGAGCACAUCACAGGGAGCAUCUCACGGUGGCACCCUUCAAGGGCAAGACUUCAUGGGGAGCAUCCUCACAGGAAAGACCUUAUGGGGAGUACCCUCAUAGGGAACAUCUUUCAUAGGGGGCACCUUACAGGGAGGACCUCAUGGGUGGCACCCUUCAUAGGGGCACCUCAUGUGUAGGAUCUCUUGCAGGGUGGACCUGCAAGGCCCUAAUGCAGGAAGCGGGUGCGUGGCUCCUGGUCUGCACCUUUGUCUGCAAAUGCGUCUGCCGGGGAGCCCCUCUUCCAGGGGAAGGAGAAGAGCCAGGGCUUGGAACUGUCACCUGCCUGAACAACAACAUCCUCCGGAUCGACUGCUACUGGUCAGCCUCAGUGCUGGACCAGGGCGCUGACCACUGGCUCCUCCUCACCAGCGACCACACUCCAGGCAGCAAACACAGGUGUGUCUUUCGGGCCGGUGCCUGCUCUGUGGAGCUGCCGCCCGAGGAGGUGCUGGUGCCCACUGACAGUUUCACCAUCACGCUGCACCGCUGCAUUGCUGGGCAGGAGCAGGUCAGCCUGGUGGACCUGCAGUACCUGCCCCGGAGACAUGUCAAGCUGGACCCCCCAUCUGCCUUGCAGAGCAAUGUUAGCUCUGACUAUUGUGUCCUGACCUGGAGCAUCAGCCCUGCCUUGGAGCCCAUGGCUGGGCUACUUACCUAUGAGCUGGCCUUCAAGAGGCAGGAGGAGACCUGGGAGCAGGCCCGGCACAAGGACCACAUUGUCGGGGUGACCUGGCUCAUUCUGGAAGCCAUGGAGUUGGAUCCUGGCUCCACCUAUGAGGCCAGGCUGCGUGUACAGAUGGCGCAGGAGAAUGACAUGGCUGAGGAGGAGCGCUACGAGGGCCAGUGGAGCGAGUGGAGCCUGCCUGUGUGCUUCCUUACUCCCCAGAGACCAGGCCCCCUGACCCUACCCUGGGUGCAGCCAGACAGCACCCUCAUUGCUGUAUCCAUCUUUCUCCUGCUGACUAGCCUGAUCUACCUCCUGUUCAAGUUGUCACCCAGAGUGAAGAGAGUCUUCCACCAGCAUGUGCCCUCUCCAGCUGCAUUCUUCCAGCCCCUCUACGAGGUGCACCAUGGGAAUUUCCAGACCUGGACAGGGGCCCAUGGAAUGGGCCUGCAGCUGAGCCAAGAGGGUGUUGGCGCCCAACCAGGAGCCCCAGGGGCCAGCUGCCAAGAGGCUGUGGCACUGCUCACCUAUAGCCCAACAGGCCCCUGGCCAGCUGCCUACUUGGAGGAGGAGGCAAGCCUGCCUGUCCUGGGCUCAGAGGAUAUGCUGCCGGCAGGGGUCCUGGAGUGGGGGGGGCAGCUGCCUGCCUACCUGCCACAAGAGGAUUGGGCUCUUGUGCCCCCCACUAGGCCAGGCCCCCCAGACUCAGAGGGCGGCAGCAGUGACUACUGUGCCCUGGACUACUAUGGGGGAUGCCAUCCCUCAGCUCUCCUAGGACACAUGCAGAACCCUAUGCCUACCCCCACCUUGGCCUGUGGCCUUUCUUGGGACCAGGAGGACCCACACCUAGACCCCCAGCACCCUCAGCAUGGAGGUCACAGUCAGAACCAGGACCCCCAUGAAGGGGCUGCUAGAGCACCUCUUGCCCUCAGCAGGUGAUGGUCUGUCCCUCACCUGAGGGGCACCUGGACUACCGUCUAGACAGAAGUGGCUCCUCACCCCUUUCCACUCACACCUGUAAGGAGGGGCCUCAGCAGGUCUUGGAAACGUGUGGUGUCCAUUUUGACUGUGGUCCCAUAGCCGGUCUCCCACCCUGUCCUGCCCCCACCCCUUGAAGGGUCAGUGACCACAGGUGAGAUAUCCUGACCAGGGGAUGCCUCAUCUUUUUUGCCUUUCUGAGAUUAAAGGACACAGUGGCUACCCUAAACUGCCAAUAGCUGGAAGGCGGGGCCCACAAGAGGGUGUACAGGUGAAGGGAUCCCGAAAGGUGUGUAGGAAGGAGGGGUCCUGGAGGAGGUAUACAGUGGGAUGAGGCUCAGAGGAGGUGUGCGGGGGUGGGGUUUUUGGGCCCCAGGGAACAGAAGGGUGGAUGCUCAGUGACUGGCUUCAGGGGGACCCCCUCCUGCACCUCCUUGCCCUCGUCCCUCCCAGGCCCAGCAGUGGGUGGGUGGAGCAGUGGGAGCCCAGCCUCUGGAGGCACGUGGUCUCUCCCCAGCAGGCAGGCAGGAAAGCUCUUCAGGGGUUGCGAUGGAUCUCGGGCAACUCAGGAGGGCCUGGCUGCUGGGCUGUGGGCUGGUGUCUGGUCCUCCUUCCAGUGAGGUGAUGGGGCUUGGGGAGCUGAAGGUUUGAAGUCGGUUAGGACUGAUGCCCAUCUUCCCUGAGCUCUCCUGGAUGUUCACAUAUCCCUUUGUCGCAGCAGAGAGGAGCGCUUGCAGCCCUGCUACCUGGGGGGCAGUGCACCUGUGUGUUUGUGUAGCCCUUGGGUUUAAUAGGGUGGUGGGUGUUCACAUGUCCCUUUGUCGCAGCAGAGAGGAGCGCUUGCAGCCCUGCUAGCUGGGGGGCAGUGCACCUGUGUGCUUGUGUAGCCUUUGGGUUUAAUAGGGUGGGGCAAUUCCCCAGAUUGUAUCUUUAGCAUCCAGAGGCAGGGAGGGGUGUGGACGGACGUGAGGUGCAGGCUUCCUCUGCUCUGACCAAAUCUAAAAGUACUAUCAAAAAUUCACUUCCUGGAGCCCAUGGGGAUGCCCUGGGCUGGUGUAUUUAUAACAGCAUCUCUGUGGUCACCUGCAGAUCAGACAUGUGAUGGCCACAGCAGGGACAUGUCUCUUGUGGGGACGCACAUUCAUCUGACCACAAACCCCCUGCUGAGUGUCCCCUGGAGCAAUCAGCCUGGAGCCCUGGGCCCCCACUUGAAGGCUGUGUGUGGAGGCUUGGCCCCUUGGCACCCUGAACCUAAGCCCCCCACUGCUCAAGGGUGACAGUACCUCACAGGGUUUGCUGUGAGAAAAUGCUACAUUACUCUGAUUGAGCUGGGGUAACCCUCAGAGGCAUGUACAGAGGCAGGAUUAUAGUAGAGCAAGGUUCAGGGAAUCUCUAAGCUCCCUGAGUUCCCUGAGAGGCAGGGCCUGGGAUCAGGGUUAUGAAACAGCCAUUGGUUGAGGAGCAAAGAGUGUGGCUGUGUAUCCAGACUGAUUGGAUUGUGGAGGGCCUUGAAUGCCAGGCUGAGGGAAGAGGACUCACUGCUGAGGGAAGAGGACUCACUGCUGAGGGAAGAGAUUCACUGCUGAGGGUGUCCUAGGGCCAGGUUCUUCUUGUUUCUUUUUUUUUUUUUAAAUUGAGGUAAAAGUCACAUAAUGAAAUUAACCGUUUCCAGUGUACAAUUCAGUGGCAUUUUAGUACAUUCAUGAUGUUGUGCAACCUCCACCUCUAUCUACCUCCAAAACAUUUUAUUCACUCCCAAGAGGAAAUCCUGUAACUCCUCAUUUCUCCCUGUCCCCAGCCCCUGGCAACCACUAAUCUAUUUUUUGCCUUUAUGGAUGAAUCUAUUCUGGACGUUUUAUAUAAAUGGAGUCAUACAAUAUGUGGUCUUUCGAGUCUGCUUUCGUUCACUUAGCAUAAUGUUUUCUAGGGUCAUCUAUGUUGUAUCAGAACUUCAUUUCUCUUUAUGGCUGAAUAAUACUCCAUUAUAUGGAUAGACCACAAUUUGUUUACCCAUUCAUCAGGUUUCCAAUUUGGGUUCUGGUUCAGCUUAAUGGUUACAUCUUAGGGUUUGUGUUGAGCUUGGGGUUUGGGUUUGGUUUGAGUUUGGGAUAGAGUUAGGUUUCUGAUUCAGAUUUGAGUUCGGGUUCAUGGUGUGGAUUCAGGAUAGGUUUUGGGUUCAGCUUAAGGGGUUUGGGUUCAGGCUUGGAUUUGGGUUAGGGUUAGAGAUAGUGUCAUCCUUGCUUACUGCACCAAACUGUUAAGUCAAGGUCUGAGAUUGCCAAGAAAGACACAACUUACAUAGAACAAGAUCAGCUCCAAUAGUGGGCAUCGGUCCCCCAUGGCCAGUGGGUCACUCCCACAGCUGACACAGGGCUGGUGGUCUGCAUGCACCCCUCUUUCAUGCAGCAGUUGAAGGACUUGUUCCCUGCCUGCUGGGAAUAGAUAGAGAAAUGGGGUUGGUCAGGUCCCAUAUAACGCAGACACGUAACAGUAAGCAGAACAAGGAAAGUUUACUGUGUACCCGGAACAGUAAGAGGAUUUCCCCAAUAAGGAAGAAGAAACUAGGACAGAGGAAGGCUAAGGUCCCUUCCAUUAUCAGGGAAUGUUCCAGGCCCAAGGCUUAUGACAAGGCGGUCCAGGUGGGUGUGGGAAGGCAGUGUGAUAGACUGCUUUACCACUUUGCCAGCAGUCAGUGUUAUGGAUUGAAUUGUGUCCUCCAGAAAUAUGUAUUGAAGUCCUCGCCCCUGUACCUGUGUAUGUUAUCCUGUUUGGAAAUAGAGGUUUCCUUUUAUCAUGUUAAUGAGGCUACACCAGUGUAGGGUGGUUCCUAAACCUAAUCAUUUUUGAAUUAUAAAAAGAGCAAAGUAGACCAGAGACACACACAGAGGGAAGACAGAUGCCAGAUAAGGAUUGUCUACAGGCAAAUAAAUGCCAAGGAUUGCUGGUUGUUGUUAUUAGGUGCCAUCAAAUUGAUUCCAACUCAUAGGACCCUAUGUACAACCAAACAAAACACUGUCCGGUCCUGCGCCAUCCUCACAAUGGUUUUGCUUGAGCCCAUUGUUGCAGCCACUUUGUCAGUCCAUUUCGUGGAGGGUAUUCCUCUUUUUCGCUGACCCUCUACUUUACCAAGCACGAUGUCCUUCUCCAGGGACUAAUCCCUCCUGACAAUAAGUCCAAAGUAUGUGAGGCAUAGUUUCACCAUCUUUGCUUCUAAUGAGCAUUCUGUACUUCUUCCAAGACAGAUUUGUUUGUUCUUUUGGCAGCCCAUGGUCUAUUCAAUAUUCUUCGCCAACACCACAUUUCAAAGGCGUCAUUUCUUCUUGGUCUCUCUUAUUCAUUGUCCAGCUUUCCCAUGCGUAUGAGAUGAGUGAAAACUCUAUGUCUUCAAGGUGACAUCUUUGCUUUUUAACACUUUGAAGAGGUCUUUGUAGAAGAUUUGCCUAAGGCAAUGUGUCCUUUGACUUCUUGACUGCUGCUUCCAUGGGUGUUGAUUAUGGAUUCAAGUAAAAUGAAAUCCUUGACAACUCCAAUCUUUUCUCCAUUUAUCAUGUUGUUAAUUAUUGGUCCAGUUGUGAGGGUUUUUGUUUUCUUUACGUUGAGGCGUAGCCCGUACUGAAGGCUGUGGUCUUUGAUCUUCAUCAGUAAGUGCUUCAAGUCCUCUUCACUUUCAGCAAGCAAAGUUGUGUCAUCUGCAUAUCGUAGGUUGUUAAUAGGUCUUUCUCCAGUCCUCAUGCCCCAUUCUUCUUCAUAUAGUCCAGCUUCUUAGAUUAUUUGCUCAGCAUACGGAUUGAAUAAGUAUGGUGAAAGGAUACAGUCCUGACACUCACCUUUCCUGACUUUAAACCACACAUGAUCCUCUUGUUCUUUUCAAAGGACUGCCUCUUCAUCUAUGUACGUGUUCCUCAUGAGCACAAUGAAGUGUUCUGGAAUUCCCAUUCAUCUCAAUGUUAUCCAUAAUUUGUUAUGAUCCACACAGCCAAAUGCCUUUGCAUAGUCAAUAAAACAUAGGUAAACAGCUUUCUGGUAUUCCCUGCUUUCAGCCAGGAUCCAUUUGACAUCAGCAAUGAUGUCCCUGGUUCCAUGUCCUCUUCUGGAGCUUCCAGGCUAAGACAGGCUAGGACAAAAGGACUGUGAUCUCCUUGUGAAAAUUAGCCAAUGAAAAGCCUAUGGCUCGCAACAAAAUAUUGGUAUAGUGGUAGAAGGUCUGGGUUUGAGCAAUCAGUCAAACAGUUAAUCAAACCAAUCAAUUAAUUUAAUCAACCAAUUAAUCAGUUGAUCAACUAAUCACUAAGCCAAUCAACCAACUAAUCAGUCAAGCUGAUCAAUCUAGCCAAUCAAACCAUCAUUCAACUAAUCAAACAAAUAAAACAAUAAAUAAAAAAUAAGAAUAAAUAAUGAAUAUAGACAAAAAUAUCCCUUCCCCCCACUGCUGUCAAGUCAGUUCUGACUCUCAAUGACCUCACAGGGUUUCCAAGGCUGUAAAUCUUAACAAAAAUAGACUGCCAAAUCCUUCUCCCUUGGAGCCCCAGGUGGUUUCGAACUGAAAACCUUGCAGUUAGCCAAUCACAAAUAGAUAAAUUAAUAAGUAAAUAUAAAUGAGACAGAUAUGACAUAAAAAAGAAAUAGCAAAUAGUAACUAAAUUCCAAAAUAAAUUUAAAAAUAAUUUCAUUUAUUUUAGUUAAUAUUCAAUUUUAAAUUAUAUUUGGUAUUUUAAUUAUUUUACAUAGUAAAUAUUUUAUGUAAUAUAUUUAUUU